AUGCUAUCAACGCAUGGCGCAGGGAACGCGACCCUGGGCUUCCAAGAAAUUCUUGUCCUUUCCGCUGCUCCCUCAUGGCGGACGAGAGGCUUGUCGGCCGCUGCGCAACUUACGGGCCUGCAACUUAAGAUCCCUAAGCAACCGCCUAUUCAUCCCGACCUCGUGAAUGCGUUUCAAGCUCUCGGUCCCGAAGAAAUUCAACACCCAACCCAUGGCGCCAGCGCCGCAUGGCUCGCGCAUCUCGAUCUCUUAAAGCAUGUUUGGCAAUCGGAUCUCGAUACCGCUCUGAUCAUCGAAGACGACGUUGACUGGGACGUAACUAUCCGAGAGCAGACAGUGAGGAUUGCAGAGGCGGUGAGGAAUCUGACGCAUACGUAUAAUGACAAUGAGACCACCGCGCCGUAUGGUCGCGCCUGGGAUGUUCUUUGGGUAGGGCAUUGUGGUGAAUAUUGGGAGGACAGGAUCGAGACGAUCGUAUACGAAGACACUGGCGUCUGUCCGCACGAUAAAUACAUCGGCUGGGCCAAAAAUUACGUUGAUCGCCUCCCUGAUCACCGCCGGAAUGUAUAUUGGUCCUUGAACCCUGUCUGCUCUUUCGCAUAUGGUGUAUCCGGUGAGGGCGCGAGGAAAAUCCUGACACACCUCGGCGGCGCGCAGGACGAGGCCUUUGAUGUUUCGAUGAUGCACUUUUGUCAACAGCGGGUGUUAAAUUGUAUAUCAGUAGUGCCCGAGGUCAUGCAUCAGUAUUUCCCCGCGGAGUCCUUUGGGGUGAAGAGUCUUGUAGAUGUUGGGAAUGGAGAGGUGCAGGGAAGUGUUGAUGAGUCGUUUGAAAGUGUCAUGGGUGCGACGGAGAAUAUCCUUGAGAGCGCGCGAUGUCAUGCUUUGUGGGGGAAGUCUUGUUUGAGGGGGUGA